AUGUCAUUAAUUCCUUACUGUUUUGACUACGACUUGCCACACUGGUCGCGGCGGCUUAUGAACCAAGCUUUCGGAAUGGCAUUUAGUCCUGAAGAUAUAUUAUCCGCGAGGAGCAGCCCGCUGUUUCCGACUUUUAAAUGGUGGUGGCCAGAAAACUUAGAAUCCUCUUUAAAAACUAACAAGGAUAAGUGGCAGGUUAAUAUCGACGUUCAUCAUUUUGCACCAGAUGAGAUAUCGGUUAAGACGUCGGAUGGAUUCAUUGUCGUGGAGGGAAAACAUGACGAGAAAAGUGAUGAACACGGUUUUAUAUCUAGACAGUUUGUGAGGCGUUUCAAGAUUCCAGAUGACGUUAAUCCAGAAGCUAUCGAAUCGAGACUUUCUUCCGACGGUGUUUUAACAGUUCUAGCGCUAAUGAAAGCUAAUUCGCAGAAAGGUGAAAGAAUCGUGCCCGUCUCACACACAGGACCCGUUAGAAAAAUAAUACAAGAAGAUGCAAAACUGGAAAGAGGAGAAAAGAAAAAAGAGUAG